AUCGCCGAAGGUGGAAGAGUGCGCGAGUGAAGGAGCGGUCAGGAGAGUAAAGUCAGCUGACUGAACCCAUGUUAUUUAAUUGAAGAUGUCGGGAAAAGACAGGCUACCAGUAUUUCCUUCCAGAGGGGCCCAGACGCUAAUGAAGGCAAGGCUUAAAGGGGCCCAGAAAGGUCACAGCCUGCUCAAGAGGAAAGCAGAUGCGUUGCAAAUGAGGUUUAGACUGAUUCUGGGAAAAAUCAUUGAGACAAAGACACUUAUGGGAGAAGUAAUGAAAGAAGCUGCUUUCUCAUUGGCUGAAGCAAAAUUUGCAACUGGUGAUUUUAAUCAGGUUGUCAUACAGAAUGUUACAAAGGCACAGAUAAAGAUUCGAACGAAGAAAGAUAAUGUUGCAGGUGUUACUCUGCCAGUUUUUGAGAGCUAUCAAGAUGGAACAGAUACAUAUGAAUUGGCUGGUUUGGCCCGUGGUGGACAACAGUUGGCAAAAUUGAAGAAAAAUUAUCAAAGUGCUGUUAAAUUGUUAGUUGAACUGGCAUCACUGCAGACAUCAUUUGUUACUCUAGAUGAAGUUAUAAAGAUAACCAACAGGAGAGUAAACGCAAUUGAGCAUGUUAUAAUUCCACGCAUUGAGAAGACUCUGGCAUAUAUCAUCUCUGAGCUGGAUGAGUUGGAGAGAGAAGAAUUCUACAGGCUGAAGAAGAUUCAGGACAAGAAACGGAUUGCUCGUCAGAAGGCUGAACAGAAAGCUGAGAAACUAAAACAAAUGGCACUUGAACAAGGUCUAGACAUGCAUGCACCAAAUAUGUUAGAUGAAGGAGAUGAGGACCUUCUUUUCUAGAUACUGUGACAUUGCUUGUAAGUAUAUCUCUAAGAGAAAAAAUGUGGGGAACUAAUUAACAUGAAUAAAAAUCUGUAAAGUGUUGUAGAAGUGAUAUAAAUAUUAUAAACUCACUCACAGAGGCAAAACUGUACACAGGAGGUGCCAAGGCAUUUGGUAUCAUUUCCUGUUCUGUUGCUUUGAGGUCAUUCUUGUACAUAGCACUAUGUAACUACUCAUACCAUAUAUGCCCCCCCACCCAUUUUAUUGCCACAUGUCACAGUGACUAAGACAUUGGUUUGGAUUGGUAGUUGGGUUUAUUGGAUACAUACAGGUUGUAACUGCAAAUAAUUAAAGCACUAUUGCUCAUUUACACAAUUUACAUUCACCCCACUUUAAUCUUCUCAGUCUACCUGCACUAGUCCUCAUGGGUUUAUAACACAGGAACCCUAACAGUGUUACUGAAUCAUACACUCCAAAUAUUACACAUAAGUAAAGUCUUCUAAUCACAUGUUAAGUCUUCACAGGUCAACUUCUAGUUCAACUAUGAACUUCCCAGUCAUAUCUCCUUGCUUGCUUGUUCACGUACUUCUUUCACUAUUAUCCAUAACUUGUAACUGCUUUACUUAUAUAGCCAAGGAAUGGACAUGCAUCGCAGGAAAAACAUGUCACAUAAUCACUCUCCAGCCAGUCCAUUGCUGUGUUCGACAGAUCUAUAGAAGACACAUCAUGUGAUCACUAUCCACUAUUGUGAUGUCACCACAGACACAAAGAAACGCUGCUUCCUCAUUGUUUGACUGUUUACCAAGAAUCUGUCUUUAUGGGAACUUGUUUACUAACACAUUGCCUAGCAAUGGGUGUACAUGUACCAGUGAGUUUGUUGGAAUAUCAGGACCAUCUCUGUCUAGCUGCAAUUCCAAUUGCAGUCUGGAAUUUAUUCCACAAGCCAGAUUUUU